AUGGCUACUGAUUCAAUUAAUUUACGCCAGCCGUCAUCUGCUACCGAACAAGAUAACGAUUCCGAUUUUAAUGAUCGAACAAAACUGUUAUCUGAUAGUCAAGAGAUAAACUCAGCGAAUGGAUCUACCCAUCACGAAGGUGGAAAAAGUAAUCGACGAUUAACUGUGGAUGACAUUGCGGAAUCACUCAAUUGUGGCUUAUUCCAGUAUUUAUGCAAUUUUGUCUGUGGAUUAUGCUUCAUCGCUGAAGGUCUAAUUAUCCAAUCGAUCAGUAUUAUUGCCAUGUCCGCCUGUGAUUUAAAUAUCAACCCCCAUAACCGAACAUGGCUUAGCAUGUCCUUGCUUAUUGGUAUCGUUGUCAGUUGUGCAUUUUGGGGCCGAUUAGGCGAUUCCUUUGGUAGGAGGAGAGUGUUGCUAUUAGCAUUAUUUAUUAAUAUUACAUUUACGCUUCUGUCAGCAUUUUCUUAUAAUUAUCAAAUGUUAAUUAUCAUGGCCUUCUUUAACGGAUUUGGAACAGGAGGAGUGUUACCUGUAGCCUUAGCUUAUGUUAUUGAAUUCUUUCCUCGAAAGUAUCGAGGUAUGGCUGGAUUUUCAGCUAAUGCAUACUGGAGUUUUGGUAAUAUUUAUGCCGCGGUAAUGGCACUUUUAAUUAUAACUAGAUCGAUUGCAAUUCCUAUUGGUAAUAUUGUUUUGACCGGUUGGCGUAUUUUCACAAUAGUUUGCGCUAUACCUCCGUUGAUAGCAUUAAUCAGCUUAGCAUUUAUGCCGAAUAGUCCUCGAUUUCUAAUUAAGCAAGGCAAACGAGAGAAAACAUUAAGUGUAAUAAAUAGAAUACAUCGCAUUAAUAGUUACUGUAGCAAUAAGCAUAGAAAUCAAUCGUUGCGUAUCAAAUUAGCAGAUUUGCCUACUAUGAGUGAUAUACUAAAUGAUAUUGAUAAGGAUGAAGGUAAAGCUAGCUGUUCAUGCUGGUCUCGAAUAGUACAAUUUAUGCGACAAUAUGCAAUCCUUUAUUCUUUAAAGUGGCGUAAAAGGACAUUAUUAAUGACCGCUGUAUGGUUUUUAUUUUGCCUUUGCACUUACGGAUUUUGGCUUUGGUUACCAACCUAUUUCUCACUCUAUGCUCAUGGUCAUGGACACAAAUGUCUCCGCCCUGUUAUUUUGAAUCGUACACGUUAUCACAUGAAUGUGUUAAAUCAAUCAUUAUCAUGUAUAGAAAACACCCGCAAUACAGCUAUUUAUCGUAAUUUAUUUCUAACAACGCUAUCAACACUCCUUGCCGAACUUAUUUUUAUACCUAUUAUUAAUAUAUCUGGAAGAAAACUAUUAUUUAGUGGAUUAGCUCUGGCAACGGGUGUAAUUAUGUUAAGCAUUUGGUUAACCAAUACAUCAACAGGUGUACUCGUAUUUUCAUGUUUGUUCACUGGUAUAUCCGGUGCUGCGUGGCCAGUAUUAAAUGUAUGGACUUCUGAAUUGUAUCCAACACAACUUCGUUCCACGUCCAAUGGCUAUCUUAAUUUAUGGGCUCGAAUUGGUGCUAUAAUAGGAACUACCACAUUUGGUUUAUUAUUACAAGUUAGCUGUAAAUUACCAAUUAUUAUUGUUGGCAUUAUAUGUUUACUAAGCGCAAUUCUUGCUAUAUUUUUGCCAGAUACGAGUAAAGUAGAUAUUGACUAG